UUAUGCUGAAGGCAGAUCAGAAACUCGCGAUAAAUAAUUAUGAUCUUUUGAUUCUCAAUCUGUGUGUGCAGGGAUGACCAGUUCUCCCUUCAGGAAUUUACAGCUUCUUCUCGUAAUCUUUUCUCUUUUUUUUCUUUCAUUCUGUCUCUUCCUUAUUUGCUCAUUUCUUUUUUAUACAGCACUUCUGCUUCCAUUGUUUCUUUAAACCUCGACACUUCCAGCAAAAUUGUUGUUAUUUUUUUUAAGCUUUCUUUUGGAUUCUGCUAAUGGGAACUUGUGGGAGGAAUGGGGCGGUGAGGCAAUAUAUAAGAUCAAAGGUGCCUCGUUUGAGAUGGACGCCUGAGCUUCAUCACUGUUUUGUUCACGCCAUCGAGAGACUGGGUGGCCAUGAAAAAGCUACUCCUAAACUUGUUCUUCAGAUGAUGGAUGUGAAAGGACUCACCAUUUCACAUGUCAAGAGCCAUCUCCAGAUGUAUAGAAGUAUGAGGUGUGAGCUGGGAAGACAAGAUAGAAGUUCCACUCAACAAACAAGACAAUGUUGUGAGCAGCAUGAUGGAUGCGUUGAUGAAGAAAAUGAUAUGGGUUAUCAACACCCAUCUUCACAACCAAUAAAAGAAUCAGAUUCUUCUCAAUGCAUCUACUACACCACUCAACCUUCAAAGAGAGCUAGAACCGAGACGAGGAGUUCAAUCUCUGAUGAAAACCUGCAAUGCAGCCAAGGAAAAUGUGAAACUGUCUCAAUUCCGCACCCUUUUGAUGAUGAUUUGCAUAAGGGAAUAAUAAAGGAGGCUUAUGGUGCUCCAUCGCUACUUCAUCUUCACACCCUAAGCUCUUUCAAAUAUGCUUUACCAGAAUCUCAUUUCCUGAAGGUGGGGUUAAAUUCCUGGGAUAGAGCAGAGGACAAAGAGGUUGGUGAUUACGAGUUAUCGUUGUCACUCUCAUUGCCGUCACAGACAAGUAAUGCUUAUUCUUCAACAAGCGAGGCAAUUUCAUACCCUAGGUCUAGCUCUAAUUUUGCAUCCCCCAAUAAUAUUAAUCUAGAUCUAUCAAUUGCCCUCUGUGGCACCUAGUCCAUAUCACU